AAAUGAAUCUAUAAAUCUUCACGACUUUGUAAUACCAAUUAUUCAGUACAGCGUGAACCCAAAUAAUGAAGACCACAUUUACAUUUUAGAAGAUGCACUUGAUCUCUGGCUCGCUGUCAUUGAAAACUCGAUCGAAUGCACCGCCGGUUUGUUUGCCCUUGUUCCCUCAGCUAUCAGUUUUCUGGAGUUUGGGACAGAAAAUCUCAAGAAGGUUUUGAAGAUCCUCGAAAGUUAUGUCAUUUUGGUUCCAGACAUGGUUGUUCAGUCGUACUGUCAUCCAAUCAUGAAUAAUCUCACACAAUUGUUAGGAGAUUUAAAACCUGAAGCAUGUCGCGCAAUUGUUCACCUUCUCGAUGUUAUAUUUCAAGCGUGUCAUUUUUCAUCAUUAGGUGAAUCGAUGGUUAGUAGCGGGUUAUUGGGAAAGUUAAUAGAUUCCAUGGUCAACAAAAAUGAGGAUUACUCGUACGUUCUCGUGAACUACAUGUCCUUACUAGCGAGAUUGGUUCUUAUCGAUCCCGAAUUUAUCGUAAAUUUUGUAACUAUUGCUGGUCAGCAACAAGGUCCGAUAUAUAAUGGCAAACACCUGCUAAAUGUAAUACUUGAGAUAUGGUUGGACAAGUUUGACAAUAUUGGCCAUCCAAAGCAGAGGAAGUUGAACGCGAUGGCUUUCGCUACGUUGAUUUCCACGACAAAUCCAAUAAUUUUGGGAUACUUGGCAAUGUUUGUUGCAAUUUGGGGAGAUGUGUUGAGUGAAGUCAAGGAAUCGGGCGGUGGAGACGCAUUGGUCUAUUGGCAAGAAGACAUUUCCACUGAGGUGGGGACGGAUGGCAUUGACGAUACACCAGAGACUAAGAGGAAAAGAGCGCUAUUACAGAGAGAUCCCAUACACACCACGAACCUGACUCAAUUCAUUCGACUGAAGCUUGGAGAGUGCGAAACCCUCAACGGUGGAACACACAUAUUUAACCAGGUAGACAGGUCCUUGUUGGAUCAAUUGAAUGAACUGAUGAAAUGUUAA